AUGCAAGACACAGCUAACGCUUCUGUCGAUCUGUAUUCGGCGCUGUACGAUUUAUAUGAUGAAAGCCCCGAAAACGGGCACCUGCUAGUUGGGGAACAAACCUGGCUCCUGAACAUCGCUAACGGAUACUCCCGAUUCCAUGGCUACACAAGCCUGGUUGUUUGUGUGAUUGGAAUCCUCGCCAACAUCGUCAGUAUUUUCGUUCUGAACACGAAAGAGCUGCGGAGUUCCAGCAACUUGAUUCUGACUCUGAUGGCCAUUAGCGACGCCAUCACCAUGGUUCUGUACAUCCCCCAGCUGAUAUUGUUCUACAUCAGGGACGACAACGAGCCGCUCUCCCAGUACCUGUCCUACAGCAGGGUCAUCUACAGCCUCGUCGCCUCCCAGAUAACCCUGGCGUCCCACAAUGCCAGCGUGUGGCUCGGGGUCUCUCUGACCAUCUUUCGAUUCCUUCAAUCAAGAAGCAGGCACCACGUCUCAAAGAGGACGAGGAGACUCCAGACCGCCGCGGUGGUUUCUUUCGCUCUCGUUAUUUCGGUCGCUUCCUCCAUCCCUAACACCUUUGCCCACAGGGUCGAGAAGUUUACUCUAGAUAAUAACGAGUCUAUAUACGUCAUCAACGUCCCGGCUGUGGCGACCAGCGCCUCACACACCUUGGUGGACACCAAUGUUCUGCUGUACGCCAUCGUGGGUAAGCUACUGCCCUGUCUGCUGAUGAUCGUGUUUGUCGGGGCGUUAGUUCAUUCCUUGCACAGGAGAAGCCAGACCUUUUCUUUCUCCACUAGGAAGCGAACUGUGUUGAUGGGGAGAACGAACCGUUUGCUGUACACCAUCGUGACCCUGUUUUUGAUUACUGAACUUCCCCAAGGAGUACUAGUCCUGUUGUGUUCGUUUAUCUCGGAUGUCCUUAUCAUUGCCACAGUGAAAAGGGAAUUUGCAGUAGAUUAG